CCUUCUCGACAUGGUAGAGGCGUUGAAGGGAGGUCGAUGGAGCUCCAGGUUUGGCAGUGAGUCCAGCCAUUGCAAGCAGCGCGACACUUGCGUGGACGACGAUGGAUUUGCAGCGGUGCCUGGUGUCAGCGCUCGGGUGCCGAAUCCUCGACGCGACUAUUCGAGGAAAGUGGCGGAUCUUUCAGCAAAAGAUUCUCUCUGUGUCCGUGAGUCCGCGGAGUUUGCCCUAACCCUAAGCCCCUUGCAAGAAUCAUCCAAGUCCAAUCCAAUCCACGACGCAAUUCCGGGAUCGAGACUCGUUUCGGAGUGAAUUGGAGUGCGCACGACGAUCAGGGCUGCAGAUUAUUGACCACGGCAGAGACACAGCGGAGGUGCGGGCGGAGCUUUGAAUUAUGAGUAGAGGCAGGAGGAAUCUGAAGCAGGGCUCGUUAGAAGGAUGUCCGGAACCUCUGCCCGGCCAGAUCCUGAUGCGCGUCGUUGCUAUGCGUGGCUCGAACGUCAUAGAGGUGGAGGAUGCUGAUGCACAGAAGACGCUCUGUAUGCUUCCUGCCAAAUUCCACAAAAGCAUGUGGAUCAAGCGAGGCAAUUUCGUACUCGUCGACGAGGGCGACCGAGAGAAAGCCAGGGAGGCUGGCAACAAGGUCACGGGCACGGUUGCGCAAGUUUUGUACGACGAGCAUCUUCGAGAACUGAGGAAAACUUCAUUCUGGUCUCCUGCGUUUGAUGCGACCGCAAAGCCCUCAGACAGUGGUGCCGACCAAACCAGCACUCAUUUCAAACAUGAAGCCAACAACAAAAUCGAUGGCGAUUCGGAGAGCGACGAGGAAGAGGACGACGGACUGCCUCCUUUGGAGGCGAACAUGAACAGGAGGCACGCCAUGAGUCUUGUCGAGAACUCAGAAUCCGACAGCGACGACGAGUGACAGGUUUCAGCCCUCGGGGUCUGUCCGAUGAAGCUUACAGAAAGCACGCCCCCAUCGCUCAACCUCGGCAAGUGACGGAUUCCUUUCUAGACCAGCAGAGGCUUUGGCGUCCCGCCCAUGCCUUCUGGCUCAACCCAGAUCUCCAUUGUGGCUGAGAAUCGGAAACUCUUGAUGUCGCAGUGAGAAUGUCCACUUCCCUCAGGACUCGAGGGCAGCGCAAUGCGUUUGGAAAAGCGCCAUAGCCACCAUUAGCGCCACGUGUCGAAGGAAAUCGAUGCUGAGGAAAUGCAAGACUGCACGACAAUCGAUGCUGAUGGAAACGAAGAGGGCCCAAAUCGGAUGCGGCACAAGGCCUCGUCCUUCUGAGGCAGCGUAUAUAAUUAAUUGCCUGUUCUGCAGCCACGCAUGCGCAACGGGCUUGGUCCAUGUCGACCAUUGUUCGGGAGUUUUAGACGUGCAGGUUAAGGUCAAUGUAAUGGCUGAAUGACGCCUGUAAAUUUUCUACGAAGAAGCCGUUCUCAAGGUGUUAAUUUGAAGCUCCUGUGGCCCCCGAUUUUGUUCCUGUUAUCAUGACCAUGAUUGUCACCAGAUCUCAACC